AUGAAGGGCAAUGGCUUUGCGCACCCUGACGUCCUGCGUCUGAGGGUGGCUCUGCGUUUCACUUGUUCAGCAGUGGAACUGGGAUCUGAUGCCGCCCAGCCACGAUCAAAGGGCUUCUCGGCGGCCCGGGGUCUCAAUGUAGCCAGCUCGCUGACCGCCCGCCCUGACCAUAUUGAUAGUACCUCGCUUGAAGAGCAUCACGUAGCGGAACUUAUCACUUGUCCACGUCUCCGACAGGACGAUGACCGCCAGCAACCCUGUCAGAUUGUUAGAGGAGGUUCAAAAGUUUAUCUGAUGGCCAGAACCGUUCUGGGACGCGACAAAAUAUGGACGGAGGCUGAAACGGUGGACUGGUUGAUCAGCAGAGGCCAGAUCGCGGGCAUCCGGGACCAUUGGGUGGCGCUCGCACAGCGGCGAACCCUCGUCGCAAUGAUCCUCAUCGAGGUCGCCUACAUUGAUCUGGCAAUCUUGGUGCAUUGGCGCGUUAGCGUGCAAUCGAUGGCGUCCUUCGUCUAUUGGAGCCUGGAUUGUCAUCGCAGCGGCGAUAUUGUCUGUCCCUUUGCCUCUGUGCUGGCCCCUGCGACUCCUUAUCAGCAGCCUAUAAAUAACUCCGGGACUCUUGAUUCGAUCAAUCCAACUGCAUCCUGCGUUCUGGCGGAUCAUCAGCUGGGCCCUCAGGUCUCAGUGCACUGCCGAAGCUUCGAUUUUACGGUCGCUUUUGAAGAAAGUAUCUUGUCAAUUCCCCCAUCAGUCCUAUUCAUUGGCUUUGCAACCAUUCGAAUCGCUCAUCUCUACAAGGAAACCCAAGAUUGGGGCGCGACCUUUCCAAAGACUGAAGCUGUGCUGUUGCAGUCUCUGGCUGCAGUCUUUGGCCUGCUUCAGUUGUCACUUCUUGUCAUCUAUGCCCGACCGCAACGCAGGGAUCAUCAGCCGUUGGGGGUGGCAGCAUUGGCUCUAGGGGUAGCAGAUUCCGUCUUUGUCGGUUUACUCUCAUACUUGGAACACGAAAGGGCGAUCUCCCCGCCCGGCAUACUGCUUUCUUAUCUUCUCUCGACAUUGCUCGAUGCUGCUCGUCUGAGAAGUCUCUGGCUGCUGGAUGAUGCUAUUGCUACUGGUGCGUAUUGGCGUCUUCAGCUCCGUUUCAUUACGACUCUGCGCGGAACUCUGAUCUCAGCACUUUAUCGGAAAGCCCUCCAACUCAGUGAUGUGGAAGCGAGGAAGGCGACCGUGGCUCUGAUGAGCACCGAUGUGGAGAUGGCAUGCACGGGAUUGGAGCAGCUCCACGAGGUGUAUUUCAGUCUGUUGCAGAUCGGCAUCGCAACCUGGCUGUUGGAGUGGCAAGUCGGGGCGGCGCCAAAGCCAGAGAGCAUGGCUGGAGAGCGUACAGCAACUGCUGAGUUCCCGAACAGUCGGUUCUGCCUCGUCGAAUCAUCGCUAAUGUUUUCCCGGAUCCUCGAUAGAUGCUACCACGUCGUUUCGCAAAGGACCUCUCCCAGAGACUUUCCGAUCUCCGUGCACUCUGCUUCGAAAUACCGUACAAUUUUUGUGUGGGUUAUGGGCUUGGCGUACGCUCCUUCGGCGAUAUCCCCCGUGGUGACUUUGGCCAUCUACGCUGCCAUUAGAUCCAGCACCUGGGCUUCAUCCAGUUUGAUUUCAUCUCCCUUGGUGGCUGUGUUCCAACUGGUCCCUAUGGUUGUAGCGGCGUUGAGCUGCUUAGACCGAAUUGAAGGGUUCCUCGCGAGUCCAACCCACGCGGACUACCGCAUAUCACCCAGCACAACAGGAACUCAUGUUGAGUCUGAAAAGCAGGCCAUGGAGUCAGUCAGACCUUCAUCAGAUCAGAAGUCCGGGGGUGGGUCUCGAUUUGCGUUGACCAUCCGUAACGCAACUUUCUCUUACCCCGGAUCAUCUUCUGUCGUGCUUCAAGAUAUCACGGUCAAUAUUCCACUGUCGCAGCUCACACUUAUCUUGGGACCGGAUCUCGACGAGAGCAUUGAAGGGGACCACACAGAGGUCGGAAGCAAUGGUGUCACGCUGAGUGGUGGACAGAAGCAGAGACUUGUGAUGGCCAGAGCCGUAUAUGCGCGAAAAGAGCUUUUUGUUCUAGACGAUAGUUUCAGUGCGCUUGAUCCCCAGACAGAAGGGAAGGUUGCACAGCGACUUCUCGGACCCCAAGGCAUGAUGCGAGAGAACGGACAGACUGUGGUUGUUGCUUCCAGCGGAGAAAGGCUAUUGCCGUACGCCGAUCUGGUUAUCCUUCUCGGCAUAAAUGGCAGAAUCCGAGCCCAAGGCUCGCCGAGAGAACUGGCAUCAUAUCUCAAUAUUCCAUCCAAGGGCAACAACAUACCUGACCACCGGAAGGUUUCAGUCUAUGGUUCCUAUUUCCGGUCCAUGGGCUUCUGGCGAGGCACAGGAUUAUGGGCCCUUUUGAUUUUCCAGACAUUCUUCUCCAAGUUUCCCAAUAAAAGCCCCUUGAGCAUGGCGUCUUCGUACGCGAAGUACAUCGGGGUCUACAGUUUCUUCCAGGUUGUAUCUAUGAUAUUCACCCUUCUUGCCGCCUUGGUCCUUGGUACUGAUGUCUUCAGAAUCCCAAUGUCCGCUUUCAGCACGAUUGAAGUCGGUUCAGUUGUUAACAAGUGCUCUCGCGACCUUGGCACAGGUCAUUAUUAUCGCAAGCUGUCGCAGCUCCUUUCCCUACGUAUUUGCCGCAUUCCCAGUCCUCCUGGCCAUCGUACUCGCGAUUUAGAGGUUCUAUCUUCGGACUUCAAAGCAAGUCCGCGCUAUGGACAUCGAAGCGAAAAGCCCUCUGCUAUAAGUCCCCAAGCACAGGUUGUCCAUGAGGUUCAAUUAUGUGUAACAUUGAUGUCCGUCUAUUUCAGAACUCACUUUCUGGAGACGAUCAGCGGCCUAUGUACGAUCCGUGCAUUCGGAUGGCAGCAUAGCAGCCAAAGAAGUCACGAGGCACUGCUUCAAGCAGCACAGAGGCCCUAUUACCAGCGAUUUAUGGUCCAGAGAUGGCUGAACCUUGUGCUCGAUAUGGUCGCUGCCGGAGUCGCUAUUCUAGUAGUCGGGCUGGCCAUCCGACUGCAAACUCGGUCGACGCUGGUCGGACUCGCACUGGUCAAUGUCAUAUCUCUGAACGAGACUCUGCAAUCGCUGAUUCUUCAAUGGGCGGUGAUGGAGAUUUCGCUGGGGUCGAUCAGUCGGUUAGAAGAGUUUACCAUUCAAGCUAGAGCUGAUCGGGGUUCCGAGCAGCAAGGCCACCCCGCUGCUCCGGAGUUCGGGGGUCUGUGGCCCUCGCAUGGAUCAAUUGAAUACAAGAGUGUGACUGCCCGGUACCAGGAGAAUAGCUUUGAUGUGCUCAAGAAUAUUUCUUUGUCCAUCCCCGCAGGCUCCAAAGUGGGAGUCUGUGGUCGAACCGGCAGCGGAAAGAGCACCUUCAUCUCUGGCCUGUUCCAGAUGAUCACCCUCACCUCUGGAUCUAUCUUCAUUGACGGUGUUGACAUUGCAACUCUGGACCCCGAAAUUGUCCGAUCGCAUCUGAUUGGAAUCUCCCAGCACAGUUACAUCAUGCCGGGAGUUUCCGUUCGGGACAAUUUGACGCUGGGAUGUGUCGGGCCAUCGGAGGAUUCUCAACUCAUCGCAGCCCUGCAAAAGGUCAAUCUCUGGGACCUGGUCUCAGCACGAGGAGGUCUCUCGGCUUUCUUGGACAACGAGACCUUGUCCGCCGGACAGAGUCAGCUUUUCUCGUGUGCACGAGCCCUGCUGCGGUCUGGGUCGGUAGUGGUGUUGGACGAGCCAGCCAGCAGCCUCACAGCUGAGACGGCGGAUCUGAUCCAAAGGGUCGUUUUGGAAAAGUUCAAGCAGCGGACGGUGAUUGUUGUGAUGCACUAG